CUUUUCUCUCCCAGCGAAUAUCUAAGCGAAAUUGCACCACGGAAAAAUCGAAAAAAUUAAAAAAGAAUUUUCCAAUCAACCCUCUUGACAGUUCCUAAUUGUAUCAGCAGCCAAUUACCAAACGUUCGAGGGGUGGUCUUGCGCGUCACCGGGGAGAAGACCGCGAGAGAAGAGAAGAGGGGGAGACGAGCUGCUCAGCGACCCGGCUGUUCCCUUCCGGGAGUUCCGGGCCUAUUGAUUUCGCGUCGCGCACCUAUCAAGGCAGCAGCAUCAUCGCGAUUUUGCGCAUCGAGUUUUAAAGGACGCCUACGCUCCAGACGCUCUUCGCGUCCCUUUUGUCCCCAACCAACGUAUAUAGAACGGCAUCAUCAUUGCUGAUAAGGCUGAUAACAUGACUCCCGACGGGUACGCUCGAGUGUACGUCGGAGGUCUGAACGAAAGCAUCAAGAAGGAGGAUCUGCAGAUGCAAUUUGAGAAGUUCGGCAAACUGAACAAAGUCUGGGUAGCCUUCAACCCCCCGGGUUUUGCCUUCAUCGAGUUCUUCAACAUGGACGAAGCUGAGGAGGCCUGCAGCAACAUGAAUGGAACUGAGAUCAUGGGGGCAAAGUUGAGGGUAGAGAUUUCGCGGGGGAGGGGUCGUGGGGGCAGGGGUGGCUUUAAAGGCAGAGGUGGUGGCAGAGGGGGCUUCGGCGCCCGAGGUGGUGGCUAUAGGGGUGGCGGCGGUUAUGACCAAGGAGGUGGCAACUAUUAUUCAGGCAGGGGCGGCGGCAAUAGUGGACGCUACGGUGGCCAAAGCUACGGUGGCCGGAACGCCGGUUACGCUUCGCGCGAUACUUACUCGCAGGACGGCUACGGUGGUGACGCCGGCUCCGACUACUAUAGCGGCAAGGACACGAGCUCUUCGAGGUAUCGCAGUCGAUCCCCGGCUGGACGUGGCAGUCAACGUCAUCUGCGUGAAUGCACGUAAAAGAACUACGCUACGUUGCCAUACCAAUCUGCGGGCCGACGCCGCCCGCCUCGACGACUACAUUCUGUCCAAUCUUCGCAGCGACGUGUAUAUAUGCAACCAAUCAUUAUUAAUUAAUCAGUGCUCUAACAUAAUUUUCGCAAUUUAAAGAAUUCCAAUUUUAAAGCACACAAGAUAAUUCUUUUAGAUGCAUUUUUUUUUUCUAUAAGUGAAAUAAUUAUUGAGAAAACGAGAAAAAACUCAGACAAAGACUGAUUGCAAAAAAAAGCUUAGUCUAAAACAAGAUAAAUAUUCGACUUCCACAUUUAGAAUAAUAAGCUAAUGUCUUAAACGAGUAUCCAAUUAUUUCAUUAUAAAAUUGCUACUUAUAGACUACUUAGUGUAAGGACCAUAUUUUAUUAUAUUACACGGUCUUUUUUAUAUUCAAGUUGAGAUAAUGAGAUUUCUGUAUAACUCUAGCGAAUAGUAUUCUAAACUCUUGACUGUAUUUGCUUUACAACUCUCUCCUUUAAGUCGAUAUGCAUUAAUUGUUACUGUAACUGAUACUAUUUAUAGUAUUUUUUUUUUUUUAUAAAAAAACAAAACCGAAACUAAUUUAUGGAUGAAACUUUAAGUUUCCAUUACAAAAUAUAGUCUGUGACUAGUUCGUAAAAUUGAAAAGUGUUGUUUUUUUAUAAGUUAACAUACAAGUUUUAUUAAACCAAUACAAGAUAAAAUUGGCGAUGUUAUUUAACAUUCUUGUAAUUUGUCUGAAAUUGAAAUGAAAACAUCAUUAAAUAUUUUGCGCUCAC